AAAGGGAGUGGAAAAGGAAGGAGGAGAAUGGUGGAGAGCGCGUGGUGAAUCGACGAUAGUGCGCGCGGUCGAGCUCGCGUCACGCUCGUUGGUGGUUACCGGAACGAUAUACGAGGAUCGAGGGUAGGAAGCUUGGAUGGGGUAGAACACGGAUCCAUUUGAUUGGUCGAGAAUCUUUACAAGUAUUACGGGGAGGGGAUGACGAUGGGGAUGAAACAAGUGCCGUAAACCCGCGGGCUUAUAUAAACCGUCCACGGUAGAUUCGUAUUCGCAGAGCAAGGCUCUCCGUUGUCGAAGAAACAACCCGUCGCUUUAGACCGUCGGAACUUUCCUCGAUACGAAAAUCAUUUACCCGCAUUCCCGUUUCUUCCUGUUCGUUCCCGUUUCUUCCCGUUCGUUCUCGUUACCCUGAUAACGGAGUAGUACCCCGCAAGCUAAAUCGCAAGAUUAGGGAAAGGAUAGUCGUUAAAGAUGCAAGGGAUCUUACCGUUCUACAUACUGCUGAUGGCUGCCGGUUUUUUCGUGUCGUCGAACCUUUCGACGAAUGCCGCACCACAACAAGGUUAUUGGAGCCAGUUCGUUGAAGAAAAUCCUGAAGCACUGAUGGAAAUAAUUACUCGGCUUGGUCAUACCAUAAUACGUAAUUCCGAACUUGAAAAGUAAGUAAUAAUUUCAUCCAACGAAUACACAUACGUCGUUAAAUACCUUCACAAACGAGGAUUGGAUCUAGGUUUGAGUCGUGGAUUUAGCGGUUCACAGGCUGCGAAACAUUUAAUGGGAUUAGCUGCAGCGAAUUAUGCCGGAGGUCCAGGACGUCGACGUCGUUCCGAGCAACCCUAGAUAAGAAAACAAAACGAUUUCCUUCAUCGAUCGUAUUUCGAUCUCAGGCUUUACCAUCCUAAAUGUUUACUUACACGCCUUUCUUCUUUCCUUCCUUUCUUCCUUUCUUCCUUUCAUCGUUCGUAAAACUAUGUUUCGCGCCCUCCGUGUCCCUGCCCCAUACGAAACAAGCUUGCAACUUGAACAAUUUCCAUUCUUCCAUCUCUAUCCAUCUUUUAGAUCAAACAUCAAAUCGUCUUAGAUCAAAUCAGUUUUCAUUUUAGUCCUUUCUAAUUUACAUAUUUCUCUAACAUAACUAGUAAUCAAUUUUCAUUCCUAAACUCCAUCUUCUUCUUCUCCUUUUCAUCUUUAUUUCUUAUUUCUUUCAAACUUUAAGACGAUAAAACGUAGUCACCUACUUUCUAGUCAUUCUCCUAGUCGUCAUUUUGCGUCUGCGUAUGCAUAUACCAUGCGUAUGAUAUAUGAUGUAUAAUACGUUUUCGAUCAUAUGUAAAACCGGUAAGAGUAAUAUAACGAUACGUGUAUACGACGGCGAACGUACGAUCGACAAUACCGAUUCUAUGUACCGACAGAAAAAGCCCAGUGAUAAUUUCAAUGUUUCAAAUUUCAUCAUAAAUCGUAUAGAUGCUAUCGAUAGGACUUUAUUACGAGAAAACAGCCUACUUUUCUCUACGCUUUUACCAAACAACAGUCUCGCCCUCUUACACGCGUGCGCAUACACACAUGAUAAUGCUGAAUUUUAAACGACCCCUGUAAACCAAUCAAUCCUGUAAGCGAAUGAAAUUAUAGCAAUCCUUUUGCAUUAACAUUCAAAUAUCCAUGUUUAUUACGUAGCUCAAAUGUUCUAUUAUAGCUGCAUAAGAAAUAUCGUGUAACACGUGAUUAUUAGUUUUUUCAUAAUCAGUUCCUUGCAUCCAUUAUGUUUUCAAAUCAUCGAUAUCGCGUGAUAUCGAAUUCGGCUAUCGGCAGAUGUCAAUUCUGCAAAGUUAACGAAAAUAAAUAGAAUAUACCUUUCCUUUUUGCGUUAUAUUUACUAUUACCACCCUUUCAUUGCCUUCCUUUCCCUUUCUUUCCUUCUUUUUCUUUCUUUCUUCCUUCCUUCUUUGCUUCUUUCCAAGUAAAUGCACAAUUGCAACACGAACAAUCGAAUUUGACCGAAAAACACGACUUCAAAAGAUGAGAAUAAACACAUUCCACCGAUAUUUUCAUUCGUAUACUCAUACGAUCGCCGUUUAUCACUACUCUUUUUACUUUUCCUGUUAUCCUUGUAUAUUGCUAUUUCCGUUUCAGCGUACACACGUGGUAUUGCGCAAUAUUCAGAUAAGUAACGUUUGUUAGAGACGUUAGAAAGUAAAUCCUCGAAAUACCACUGACAAUGAGACUCAGCAAAGUUCCGAAUUCGUAACUCUUACUCUCGCGUGUUUACCG